CAAGAAGUAAGUAUACAACAUAAACAUCUUACAGGAAUGACGUACUAUAAACGGGUAUAAAAGAACGAAAACAUCAGUGAUGUACAGUCUUCGUCUGUUAUCGAAGGUCUGAUAAGUACAAGUAUAUGAACACGGUGAUUUCUAAUAUUGCAAAUUAUAUUGAUAACAAUAAAUCACAGAUUUCUAUUGCCAAGAAUUUAAGGGAUUGCUAGUACUAUGGACAUUCUGAAAUGGACCGUUUUGUGGUUUUUGAUGGUGUGUCAGACAAAUGGAAACGGUGCAGCCAAUCAAAAGCCGCAUAUCUUUUUCAUCACAGUUGAUGAUAUGGGAAAUAAUGAUAUUGGCUACAACAACGCUGAAGUCCAGACUCCGAAUAUCGACGGCUUGGCAAAGGCCGGGGUAAUACUGGAUUCCAACUACGUCUACCCAGUCUGCACUCCUUCAAGAGCUGCCUUCAUGACUGGAAGAUACGCCCAUAAAAUAGGACUUCAACAUGGCGUCAUUGAACACAAUCAACCUGCCUAUAUAAACAACACUUUCAAGACAGUCGCAGAGAAACUCACAACUAACUAUGGAUAUGCUGCUCACAUGAUCGGCAAGUGGCAUUUAGGAAAUUGUAAAGAUGAAGUGACGCCAACAUACCGAGGUUUUAACUCCUUCUAUGGAUUCUAUGGUGGAGCAGAACAUUACUAUACAUAUAAAAGUGGGUCACAUAAAGACUUCAGGGAUAAUCUGACAGCAUUUGAUCCACAGCACCCCAACUAUCCUUCUGAAGACGUGGAUGGAUAUUCAACAUUUGAGUACGUGAAGCGGGCUAUUAAACUUGUGGAGAAUCAUGACAAGUCUCAGCCACUGUUCAUGUACCUGGCUUUCCAAGCCCCUCAUUCCCGUCUUAUGGCCCCCCAAUAUCUAAAAGACAAGUACCCCGGAACAUGGACUUACACGGACAGAUUCGGGUCGACCGUCACCGCAGAUAGAUCCACUUUUUAUGCUAUGGUGACGGCUGUUGAUGAGGCUAUUGGUGAGCUGUACAGUGAGCUGGACAAGCUAGGACUCUUGGAAAACGCCAUUAUUGCUUUCACGUCUGAUAAUGGUGGACAGCCCGCAGUGGGAGGAUUUAAUAACCCUUACAGGGGCACCAAAGGGUCUUACUACGAAGGAGGAAUUCGUGUUCCCGGAUUUAUAUACAGCAAAACUUUACUUACACAGUCAGGCUAUAGAAGCCAAGAACUGAUGCACGCUAGCGAUUGGAUGCCUACUUUCAUCAGUUUGGCGGGAGGAAGCGCAGAUUUGACCAGUGACAGUGAUUUGGUAGAUAUUGAUGGUGUGGAUGAAACCCAGAUGUUACUUAGCAAAAGCGGGUCAGCUAGGUCUAAAAUUUUCCUCAACAUCGAUGAAGUAACAGCUUCGACGACAAUUUAUGGAGUUAUUAAACAGUAUGGAUCAGAAGUUUGGAAAUAUGUGCAAGGAGAUAUUGGUAGAAGAAACAUCGUGUACACGGCCACCAAAGUCAGCAGGAAGAGAACCUUUAUGGACCGACUAGAGGACUUGUUGAAACGAAGCAGAUCAGACAGAACCAAACGGGCCAAACGCGACAAGUACCUAUUUAAAAUUUCUGAUGAUGUUACUGAAAGUACAAAUUGGUAUAAUGACCCAGACCCCAACAUUCAGACUAUUCAGACAGACCUGGAGAAUGAAAUUGCUGCUGAAAUAAACAAUGCAGUGAGCCCAAUGAAUCUGUAUUCGUGCAGCAGUCCGAACAAUUCACUGAACGGAUUCUGGACCGCUGGAGCAGGAAACGGGUGGUGUGAUUGUACACCGUAAUGACUCGCUUGUCGUUACCUCGGUCCCGCAACUAGGAGUAACAAGAUUGUUGAAGAUUCAAAUUAAGCUUUGAAGUUUACAUAAACACGCUUUUCUACUUAAA